GACAGUGGACUGUUGGAGGCGCUCACACUUCUGCUCAGCCCUCGGUUUUUCUGUGGAAUCCCAGUCAGGAAGCGGCCGAAUGCGGGAGGCGGGUGAGGGAACAAAAAGGCGACGAGGAAGUGGCCUGCCGACCUCCGGGGCCGCGCUGGCCAGGAGCUUGGGGCCUGCGAGUUUUCCCAGCUGUAGACAGAGCGCCUCUGAGCCCCGAGGCCGGGCCGCCCCACAGCAGAGGAGCACGAGGUUUUAUUUGGCCUUGGCCAGUAGCUCAAAGGGGGCUUCGUUAUUUUCAGGCCAUCAGCGACCCCAGCACCAAAAUCAGGAACACACAUCUAAGGCUUCUCUUGGAUUCUGUUUUAGAGCCCACUGGCAGGCUGUAAACGUUCCCAAGAGAUAAUACAAACGUUUCGUCAAUUUCAGCCACAAAAAUAAUCAAAUAAUCGUCAAUUGAAUGCUGAGGCCGCCUCGACAGCAGCCAGCUUCCUCCCCAGAUGGUUUGCGUGGGGUGGGGGGUAUCACGAUGCCCCAGUUCUUUCUUCUCCCCACGCGAGAAGCAAGGAAAGUCGGGUGAGAGGCCUUAUUGUGUUUUCCCUGAAGUGCAUUCUGCUUGAUGAUGCUGUUGUCCUGUACAGCUCGCCUUGAGGUGUCUUGUCAGUGUUUUGUUAAUGGAAUUGCUGGCCAUAUUUAAUAUAGGAGUAAGCUCUCAUUCAACAGUUGGGUGUGUUUUAUAACACUGCUUACGGACCACGGAGGCUCGGCCGGCAGUCAACUUGUAUUUUGCAGACAUACCUUAGUUUUCUCAUGCAGGUACUGCACAAACUGGCUUCGUAUCUUGCACUAUGAGUGUAGGCUGACUCUUCCAGCAUAGUCUCCUUCGAGGUGGCGCUGGAUAUCCCCUCAUUUCAGCUUUUCAUGGUGCUCCUUUGCCUCAUUUUUUUAAACCGUAAUGUCUAGCCUGGUCUCAGCUCCAAGGCAAGAACAGAAAUACAGCAUCUGCAAAGAUCCCAAAACUUUUCAACCAAAAUAUGUAUAGAUGAGUGUGCAGACCAAAGUAAGGACAUCAGUAUGUUACAUUUAAAAAUAAGUCAAGGUUAAAGGCGAUGUCCUCUUUUAAGAACAUUGCAAAUACAAUUCCAAUACUCCAAGUACAUAUUCUGUACCCAGCCAUCUGGGAGGACUGAGAGACCUAACGGUUUUCUGCUCUCUGGAACUUCUAUGCCAAUUGUGACUUUCUCACCCCUCAAAUUAACAUGCAGCGAAUAAUUACAAUUGUAAACACCUGGAAGUGGAAAAUGCCGUGAGGAUAAAUUGAGAGGAAGAGUAAACCUAAUACCAUAAGUUGCAUACCAGCAGAUCUGAGUAUCGUCAUGAAUAAUUGGUUAGCUUUUCCACAUGCCUUAUAAGUUUCAGCAAGCACCUAGCGAACAUCUUAAUCCAAAUUUCUCAAAAAAUGAGAGAUUUUAUUUAAGAUCAUUCCUCAAUUUAUCUUAGACUUUCAGCUACAUAGCUAGUCCGGUAGUAUAACAAUAACAGGUUUUAGGUAAACGCCAGGGGAAAAGAGAGGAAAGCUAAAUAACCAAAUAAAUUUGUAUCUAAUUAACAAAUUGGCUAACUAAGGUGUUAUCAGCUGCUUGAUAUAGAGCUGAUAAAAAUCAUCUUCAGCUAGGCAUACUUGAGGCCUGAUUACAGAAGUGACCCUAGUCCACCCACACACCUGAAAUUUAUUUAAGAGACCAAGCUAGGCUCUUCUUGGCCUUUAGAAAGAGGACUGGCAUGGAGAAAUAUGUUCCUCACUAGUUCUUCCAAGCCAUGGCACUUCCCAACAAAUUCCUCCUUUGGUUUUGCUGCUUUGCCUGGCUGUGCUUUCCUAUUACCCUUGGUUCUCAGGCUUCUGGGGGAGAUGCUCAGAUUGCUGCUAGUGCUGAGUUGGAAUCUGGGGCUACGCCUUGGUCCUUGCUGCAGCCUAUAGAUGAGAGAGACAGAGCUGGCCUCCUUCCCCCGCUUUUCAAAGUUCUAUCUGUUGGGCGAGGUAGGGCACCUAGGCUGCAGCCAGACUCUAGAGCUUUGCACUACAUGAAAAAGCUCUAUAAGACAUAUGCUACCAAGGAAGGGAUUCCUAAAUCCAAUAGAAGUCACCUCUACAACACUGUUCGGCUCUUCACCCCCUGUACCCAGCAUAAGCAGGCUCCUGGAGACCAGGUAACAGGAAUCCUUCCAUCAAUGGAACUGCUAUUUAACCUGGAUCGCAUUACUACCGUUGAACACUUACUCAAGUCAGUCUUGCUGUACACUAUCAACAACUCAGUUUCUUUUUCCUCUGCUGUCAAAUGUGUGUGCAACCUAAUGAUAAAGGAGCCAGAGUCUUCUAGCAGGACUCUCUGCAGAGCUCCAUACUCAUUUACCUUUAACUCACAGUUUGAAUUUGGAAAGAAACACAAAUGGAUUCAGAUUGAUGUGACCAGCCUCCUUCAACCUUUAGUGGCCUCCAACAAGAGAAGUAUUCACAUGUCUAUAAAUUUUACAUGCAUGAAAGACCAGCUGGAGCAUCCUUCAGCACAGAAUGGUUUGUUUAACAUGACUCUUCUGGUGUCCCCCUCACUGAUCUUAUAUUUGAAUGACACAAGUGCUCAGGCUUAUCACAGCUGGUAUUCCCUUAACUAUAAAAGGAGGCCUUCCCAGGGUCCUGACCAGGAGAGAAGUCUGUCUGCCUAUCCUGUGGGAGAAGAGGCUGCUGAGGAUGGGAGAUCUUCUCAUCGCCGUCACCGCAGAGGUCAGGAAACUGUCAGUUCUGAAUUGAAGAAGCCCUUGGUCCCAGCUUCCUUCAAUCUGAGUGAAUACUUCAAACAGUUUCUUUUUCCCCAAAAUGAGUGUGAGCUCCAUGACUUUAGACUUAGCUUUAGUCAGCUGAAGUGGGACAACUGGAUUGUGGCUCCGCACAGGUACAACCCUCGAUACUGUAAAGGGGACUGUCCGAGGGCUGUUGGACAUCGGUAUGGCUCUCCAGUUCACACCAUGGUACAGAACAUCAUCUACGAGAAGCUGGACUCCUCAGUGCCAAGACCGUCAUGUGUACCUGCCAAAUACAGCCCCUUGAGUGUUUUGACCAUUGAGCCUGAUGGCUCAAUUGCCUAUAAAGAGUACGAAGAUAUGAUAGCUACAAAGUGCACCUGUCGUUAACAAAUGGUCUUCUUAAAACCCUGAGCCUGUUUGGCAAAGUAACUACUGUGUGCCUAUGUGUGCCUUCAAGAGAAAGCUUCAUAUAUUAAGUCUCUAAAUGCAGCAUAUGUUGUAUAAAGAGGAGCCUGUGUAGAUUAGUACCUUCUAUGGCAUCUAUCAGGAUAAAGGGAUAACAUCAAUUGUUGCUACAGAGCCUUUUUUUAUUUCCAAAUUUAAAUGAAAUAUAAUUAUUGUGGCAAACUUUACAUCUUUUUCCUUGAGCGAUUUUUUUUCUUUUCAUAGGAGUCUUAUUCUUGAUAGGGAAAAAACCUUAAUUAGCAUCAAUCCUGGAUGGACUUGCAGCUAUAAAUAGGCAAUUCAGAUUGCUAUAGUCUUAAUGGAAGAAUAAAUUUCUGUCAAUGGCAUAAA